CUAUCAACCAAACACACCAGUUGGCCAGUCAUUGCAGUUGUCAGUUGUAGCUAUACACUUACAGUAUACAGUCGCACUUCAUAAGAGGGCGGUAUACAGAUACGAACAGUACUUGUUUAUUUUCAAAGUGGACAAUAUUUAAUAAUCAUGACAAACAUCAAAUCUAUGAUGCUAAAAACAAGGGAGGCCUUUAAUACUGGUAAGACCAGGCCGUAUGAUUUUCGGAAACGUCAGUUGGAACAAUUGUUACUUCUGAUUCAAGAAAAUGAAGGAAGUCUUUUAAAUGCUCUCUACAAAGACUUGAGAAAAAGCACAAUGGAGUCAUUUAUGACAGAAAUUGAUCUUAUCAAAACAGAGCUUCAUUUUGUUUUGAAUAAUCUCAAAUCCUGGAUGAAACCUGAAUCUGUUGAAAAGAACUUGUUGACUUUAUUUGAUGGGGUUCAGAUAUACAAAGACCCUCUAGGGGUGGUGUUAGUAAUUGGAACAUGGAAUUAUCCAUUAAAUAUUACUCUGACACCUUUAAUUGGGGCUAUAGCAGCAGGAAAUUGUGUGGUCAUUAAACCAUCAGAAAUAGCUAUUCAUUGCGCAGAAGUCAUCGCUGAGCUGGUCCCGAAAUAUCUCGAUACAGAGUGUUAUCCUGUAUUUACUGGUGGGCCUGAAGAAAUGUCUGAGCUUUUAGAGGAGAAGUUCGAUCAUAUCAUGUUCACUGGUUCAACUCAAAUUGGAAAAUUAAUUUAUGCAGCUGCUCAGAAAAAUUUGACACCUGUCACCUUAGAAUUAGGUGGAAAAAGCCCGCUCUAUUUAGAUGACACAGUUAACAUGGAUAGAGCUGUAAAAAGAAUUUUGUGGGGAAAGUUUGUGAAUGCUGGACAGACUUGUAUAGCACCUGAUUAUAUACUUUGUACAAAAAAGGUCGAAGAACUUUUUGUAAGUAAAGCGAAAGAGCUUUUGAAAGAAUGGUAUGGAACAGAUAUUAUCGAAUCUAAUGAUUAUGGUAGGAUCAUAAAUGACAAACAUUUCAAUAGGCUAAUAAGGCUUAUUGAUUCACAAAAAGUCGCUGUGGGAGGUAAAUGGUUAUCAUCAGAUAGGUAUAUUGCUCCUACUAUUUUAACCGAUGUUAAACUUACUGAUCCUGCCAUGCAAGAAGAAAUAUUUGGACCCAUUUUACCCAUCGUAAGGGUUCAAAACGUUUACGAAGCCAUUGAAAUUAUCAAUAAGAUGCCCAGAGCAUUGAGCAGUUAUAUUUUUACAACAGACAAAACUGUUCAGGAUUUAUUAUUGAAUAAUACAAUUACAGGUUCUGUUGUUGUGAAUGAUACAUUGAUACAAUUUGGAGUUUCUGCUCUUCCAUUCGGUGGUGUUGGUGAUAGUGGGAUCGGAAAAAUUCACGGCAAACAUUCGUUCGACACAUUCUCUCACCACAAAAGCUGUCUAUCGAAAGGUUUCAAUGUUUUCAUUGACAAGCUUGGAAGUGGCCGCUAUCCGCCUUACAGCGCAAAGAAACUGUCUUUGAUGCAGUUGCUCAUGUGCCAGGACUUUGGUAUAGGCUUUCUCUUGAAGCACUUGAAGGGAGGCUUUUUAUUUACCACUGGUAUAAUGCUGGGUCUAGCAGCUGGUUUAUUAUUAAAGGCAAGAGCUGAAAAUGAGAAGUUUUAAACGUGCUUUAAAGAGAAUCUACGAAUGACCAAUAUUACUUAUUAAUCGUUACCUAUAAAUAAAAUUUUAUUCUGUUAAUAAGUAUGGUAAAAAGUGGCUUGGCUUAUAUAUUUAAAUAUUAUUACUAAUUUUUUA